GGUGGGUCACUGUUUGUACUAGCUACUCACGAAUAAAUCGAUUUUAUCUCUGAGUUCAAAAAUGGUCAUUCGAUUUCCUUUAUUUAGAUCGAUGGCCGAAGAACAAAGAUGUCCGCCCCUGAAUUAUCUGUUGGCUCACCACCAUGAUUUCCCUCAACUUUCUCUCAAACCCCAUCUCAAUCGCAGCUCUAUUACUGCUGAUUUCCAUUUCUGUAAGCCAGAUUAUAGCUCGAAAACUGAGGGCCAAGAAGUAUCAUCCAAUUGCAGGAACUGUGUUUCACCAGCUCCUCAAUUUCCACCGAUUGCAUCAUUACAUGACAGAUCUUGCUGGAAAGUAUAAAACAUACAGGCUUCUCGGCCCCUUCAGGGAUGAGGUUUAUACUUCCAACCCAGAAAAUGUUGAGUAUAUUCUCAAAACCCACUUCGAGAAUUUUGGCAAGGGGGAAUAUAACCACAAAAUCCUUAAGGAUCUUCUUGGUGAUGGGAUUUUCACAGUUGAUGGAGAGAAAUGGCGUCAGCAGAGGAAGGUUUCAAGCUACGAGUUCUCUACAAAAGUUCUAAGGGAUUAUAGCAGUGCCAUCUUCAGAAAAACUGCGGUUAAACUAGCUGGUAUCGUGUCCGAAGCUGCUAUUUCGAACAAAGUCAUCGAUAUUCAAGGUCUACUUAUGAAAUCAGCUCUAGAUUCAAUACUUCAAGUGUCAUUUGGAAUUGAUAUAGAAGAUAGCAUUCAAGGAUCAGACGAAGAAAUCACGAAAUUUUCCACUGCUUUCGACACAUCAAGUUCAAUGACACUUUGGCGAUAUGUUGAUGUAUUCUGGCCAAUCAAGAAGGCUCUGAAUAUUGGGUCAGAAGGUACCUUAAAAAAAAACAUGAGCAUUGUUGAUGAGUACAUAUAUAAGCUCAUCCACAACGCACUCGGACAGAGGGACAAGUUGGGCAACAACACUGCUGUGAGAAAAGAAAACAUCGUGUCGAGGUUUUUGCAAGCGGAAAACUCUGAUGCAACAUUUUUAAGAGAUAUUAUUCUUAGUUUUGUCAUAGCUGGAAAGGACACGACAGCUAUUACUCUUGCUUGGUUCGUUUACAUGCUUUGCAAGCAUCCUGAAGUGCAGGAAAGAGUAGCUAGAGAGAUCAAGGACGUGACGAAUGUCGAAGACAGUACGACUUCUGCCGAGUUUGCAGGAAGCUUGACUGAAGAAGCUCUGGAGAAGAUGCAGUUUCUCACUGCAGCUAUAAAUGAAACUCUUAGACUCUAUCCUCCUGUUCCAGUGGACGCAAAGAUUUGCUUGUCUGAUGAUACACUGCCGGAUGGAUUCAGUGUGAGAAAAGGAGAUAUGGUGGCAUACCAACCAUAUGCAAUGGGUAGGAUGAAAUUUAUAUGGGGCGAGGAUGCCGACCAAUUCCGACCUGACAGGUGGCUCAACGGAGAUGGAAUUUUGCAGCCUCAGAGCCCUUUCAAAUUUACCGCCUUUCAGGCAGGGCCACGCAUUUGUUUGGGAAAAGAGUUCGCAUACAGGCAGAUGAAGAUCCUGUCAUCUAUAUCAUUGAGAUUUUUUAUUUUCAAAAUGAGUGAUGAUAACAAAAUUGUUAUGUAUAAACCAAUGAUCAAUCUUCUCAUAGAUGGAGGCCUUCAAGUUUAUGCUAUUCCUAGACCUCCAUACUAGUUCACUUCACUACCAUAUUUUAUCAAUACAUCUCUCCUUAAAAGAAUACCCCAUGCUUGUAAUUGCAUUUAAAGAAUAAUAAUAACAAUCAAGUAAUUGCUAUUUUUAAUUUA